AUGCUGUCCCUCACUCGUCUUCCCCUGUUCUCUUCCCUUCCUUCCCAAUUUCUCCCUUAUCCCUCCAAAUCAUGCUCCAUACCCGGUUACUCAACCCGCUUUUUCCCUUCCUCGGGGUCUCUCCGGUCACCCCUCCGACCACUGGCGAAGCCACAGCUUCAAGAGCUGAACGAGCAGCCACCACCGGAGCCCGAAGAAGAAGAAGAUAAUGUUAAGGUAUUAGCCGUGGUGCAGAGUAAGUACAACAACAUAGUCAUCCUCGAAACCCCCGAGUCCAGGUUACUGCUUCUCGACCCGACCCACAACGUUCACAGCGUCCUCAACAUGAAUGAUUCCCAAUUCUGGACUCAGUCUUAUUGGGACGAGUUCGUCACUCUGCCGGCGGUUGUCCCGGGCGGCCCGAUUGCGAUGCUGGGUCUGGCCGGAGGAACUGCGGCGAGGCUCAUGCUGGAAGUAUGGCCGGAGUUGAGGCUCCAGGGAUGGGAAAUCGACGAGGUCCUGAUUCAUAAAGCAAGACAGUAUCUGGGGCUGGCUGAUCUCGAGAAGGGUACCGAUGCCGGCGGGUGUUUAGAAGUCUGCGUGGGUGACGCACUUUCCGGGUCGUCCACCGUUGCCGGAGGAUAUGCCGGGAUAGUGGUGGACCUGUUCGGAGAAGGCAGGGUGUUACCGGAGCUGGAAGAUGCCCAAACGUGGGUCCAGAUAAAGGAAAGAUUGAUGCCCGGUGGUCGGAUAAUGGUGAAUUGCGGCGGGAUUUCUGAUGAAAAACCAGCGGGGUUUGGAUUGGGUUGGGAACGGAACAACGCGAUUAGAGCAAUGAAGGAAGUGUUUCCGGCGGGAGAAUUGCAUUGGAAGAAGAUCCCGGCGGGGGAUACGGUGGAGAUGGGUGGUUACGUGAAUUUCAUGGCGCUAACAGGGGCCCUUCCGGAUUGGGAUGAUUGGGUUAAUGCCCUUCCUGUUCCACAUCGCAAAUAUUUGAGCUCCAGUGUUCAUCAAUGGCAGACUUGCUAA